AGAGAGAGAGAGAGAGAGAAAGAUUGAUCAAUAAGCAUGUCCGCGGGCGGUAAUAACGCUUUUCAUCGAAUGAAUCUCUUUGUUUGAACGUACUCCUCAAAUUCCAAAUAUCUCUGCACUUUCUCGCGUCGGCUUAGGGGAAAUCAAGGAGCGGGAACGGAUCGAACGGGAGAUGGAAUAAGAGGGAUCCGAGAAGAAGGAUAGCUGGUGGUUCACCCUCAGGCGGUUCAGAUAUAAAGGAAUAUCAUCAUGAAACUGGACGAGCUAGUAAUAGCAGUUCGGAGGAGCGUAUACGAAGGGCCGUGGUGAUGCAUUAUCCUGCACCGAUUCCAAUCGAUUCAAGUUCCAGCUCGGAUUUCGAUCUACACUUUAACGUAGAUUCAAGUCGUAGAACGGUAUCAACGCCGAAUCUUUGUUCAAACGGUAGUCGUUAUGAGAUAGAAGGCGACGAGGUACGACAAUACGAUCAGGACGAAUCGACGGGUACGUCGAAUAAAAGAGACAACGAAAUAAAAGACGUACCGGUCGAAAGAUCCUCCUCGUUCGUUGUAACAAAUUCCGAAUUACCUAUCAUCGACAUAUCGACCUUCAAUUACAACGCUUACCGUCACAAACUGAUCGAGGCGAGCCUUAAGAAACGUUACAGAAAUCAUCAGCCACCGGGCGACGUCAUAUUCAAUUCGAUACAUUUAAACACGUCGGAUACCACCCUCGGAAUAAGAUUGAACGAAGAAUACGAUCACAAUUUCUUCGACUUCGUCGAGGAAUAUUACGACGCUACCUUGGGUAUGAGCAAGAAAGAGAUGGAGUUCUUACAUCCCUUGGAUCAUUUUCUUGUUAAGGGUAUACGGAAACGAGAGACCGACGAGAAAGGUACGGACACGACGAAUCUAUCUUCGAAAGAGACCGAUCGGGAAAAGGAGAUCGUCGAUGAUAAUUACGUACAACGUACGCGUUUGUACGAGAAGAACGGUAAUAAUUCGAAGGGAAAGGUCAAGAACUUUCCUAGCCAAUCGAACGAUAAAAAAGAUUCGAGGAAAGAGGCGAGCAAAGCGGAACCAAAGGAGUCGCUGUGCGAAUCGAUCGGCUCGAGAAGGGAUUCCGGGUGGUUGAGGAAAGGGAGACACGUUGGAGCCGGUCUGGUUGAUUCAAACUCGAUUCGAAGAAAACUAGGGAGAACUUCGAACGUCGAUCAAGUACAAACAAGAAAGUACGUUGUGUCCAAGUGCAGCAACCAUACCGUCAAAUCUGUACGCAGUAAGUUGGCAUCCUCGAUCGUUAAAGCCGAUAAGGAUUCUAUUACGAACGUAAGCUCGGUGAGUUCAAGCGAACUCGAUAGUAAUCGCGACGUUAUGUCGAAUAAUUCCCGUGAAUCAUCGGUUCCAUCUUCGCGGGAUCGUAGAACAACUCGGAAACUUCUCCCAUGGAUCAGCGGCAAUCCGUCGGUCUCGUUCAACAGAAAAUACGGGAACAGGCCGGAGAGAAACACCUUCGAGAAAUCCAAAAGAGGUAAACUACGUUCCGGCGAACGUACCUCCGCGUACGGUUCAAGGCCAUCCUCUCCAAGGCCAAGAUCGGCCAAUUUGACUUUAACCGGCAAAAGAAAAACGAUCGACGAUCGUACGAAGAGCGAACGUAUCGAAGGUUUAAAGGAUAUCGAGGAUUACAAUACCAAAGGUAAAGGAUCUUUACGAUCGGUGGAAAAAGAAAUUUCUUCGUUCGAUAUAGUAAGACCGAUGAUGACGGCGCCUAACUUCGAGCCAUCAUCGAGCAUUUCCUCGAGGUUGCUCCCGAAGUUUCUCGGUAGCUAUGAAAAUGACGACGGAAAAUCAAGGGGAUCCUUGCACGAGAACGUCGUCGGCAAAAGUUGUCCAAAGUUUCAGAAGGUACGUGAUCGUAGAUCACGUCAGGAGUCAACGAAAAUGACGGACAAUAAUUCCGAUAGAAUUAAUCCGAUCAACGUUAGUAACGAAAUUUUCAAGAUCAAUAUGAAUUACGAACGAAAUUCGAUGAAUCGAACGAACGAACCUUGCGAGAGAGCGGUCGGCGAAUGUCGAACUAGUACAAAAGUUUUACGCGAACGCUUGGUAAAUUUGAUAGACGACGAAAACGAAUCGAUCAAGAACGAAACCGAUCGACCGACUGGUUCUCCUAAGAGUAAUAACGAAAAACUGAUUAUCGAUGAUCUGGAUUUGGAUAUUUUGGUUACGAAAAAAAAUACGCAGAAGAAAGGAAUCGCCGUUUCAAAGAAUUUCGAUAAAACUUGCGAGUACGCGGAUGGAAAUAAAUCAUUAAUCAAGAUGGAUACGUGUCCUCGAUUGGCCGUUGUAUCGAGAGACACUUUGGUAUUGGAUAAGAACGAUUCGCGAACUCAAAAACGUUCCUCUUUUGACGAAAUGACAUUGGAAAAAGAAAAACCGAUACAUCGUAGAUUGUCACGUGCCGACUCGAAAGUUGGCCUGGCCGUGCAAACGGGUUUAAAGAAUUACAUUAAAAAGUUGAAGCAACUUUUGAAGAACGACGGGAACAUAGACACCGUCGAUUUAGCGUCUUUGAGUUUGAAGGACGCUAUAUCACCCGAACUCGAAUCCAUCCUUUCCGUUUCGGAAUUGAAAGAGUUGCAGGAUCUAUUAAAUAUUACCGAGAUCAAGUCGAAUUUGACCGAUCAAAAUGUCGUUUAGACGUCGAACUUUUACGAGUACAAAAUUUCUUUCCUUUCCCAAUUUUUUUUCCCUUUUUUU